AUGGUGUUGCUUAGAGAAGAAGGACGUGUAUUUAGCAGUCAGUGCGGAAGUAGUUGAUCAUGGCAGCCGAUCUUCAGAGCUGGAACCCAAGAGGGGAAUUGGGUCGGGGACCUGGGCCAGGCGGGGGUAGUGCAACCCUUGAUGGGCUUCACUGGGAUUCCUCACUUUUUGAUGAAUUGAGUGACUUAGUAGGUGAUGAUGACUUUUUACAUGAUGACAAAAGUGACCCAUUUCAAAAUAAUUUUGAUAACCUGGAUUUUAAUAUGGACCUGAUGUCUUGGAACUAUGAACAAUUGGAAAGCUGUGAGCAGAUUUAUUUAGGGGAUUGUAUAAAACCAGAGCCUCUUUCUCCUGCAUCUUCCAACUUUUCUGUGUCUUCUCCCCAGUCUGUGGACUCCUCUUCCUCUUCUCAAAAUGUACCAGAAGAUGAUGUCUCCUCCACUUCUCAGAUGUCUCCACUAUCUUUAUACUCAGAGAAUUCUAAAAGUCCUAAAUCUCCAGAACAACCAGAUGAGAAACCGGUAGUCACAAAACGUCCAACUUCUGGACAUAUACCGGUUACACAGAAAAAGUUUGCCCCGGUCAUACCAAAGCCAUCCAUACAACCGAAAGCUAUCUUGAUUCCUGCCUCAACAGAUAUCCAGGCACCAGGAGGCAUGGCACCCAAAACCCUCAUAUUUCAACCCCUUACCACACUUCUGCCAAAGCAGCAACAUCUUAUUACCCUUCAGCCUGCACCACAGUCUGGUCAGCAAGUCCUUAUUGCCCAGUCAGGAGUGAUGCAGCUCCCAGCUUCAGGAAUUGUCACCGCACAGUCAGUCCUUGCUAUGGGGGGAGGGACUGGCACCAUACCCAGUCCAUCAUUGAACAUCCUCACACCUGCAGCUCCACAAAAUAGUAACACUUCACCGAUGAAACCAAUCGUCCAAUCAGAUUCUGGAGCAGAUUUAAAUGUGAUAAGAAGACAACAAAGGAUGAUUAAAAAUCGUGAAUCCGCAUUCCAGUCAAGGAGGAAGAAAAAGGAAUAUAUGCAGGGUCUAGAGCUUCGCCUUAGAGCAGCUUUGUCAGAGAACGAGAAACUUAAAAAAGAAAAUGGAUCUUUGCAGAAGCUGCUUGAGGAAGUAGUAUCGGAGAAUCAGAAACUGAAAGUUACAGCUCCAAAGAGAAGAGCAGUUUGCUUAAUGAUGGUGGCUGCAUUUUUAUUACUGAACUUUAACCCUCUUAGUGUUCUGCAGUCCAGCCCGGGUCCGUUUGAUAUGGAGGUAACUCAGGCUCACCGUAAUAGACACCUUCUUGGAAUCUCAGGUGGUGAAGACAGCACAGAAACAAACCAAUUACCAGAGAACAUCAUGUCUGGUCAGUAUAUUUCCGAUAGGAAGGAGUUGAUGGUCGUUAAAGAGGAGCCCUUGUUAUAUAUCCCUCCACCACCUCCUUGCCGAUCGCACGUUAACAAGACAGAGUCACUCAGGUUAAACCACGAGUUGCGGGGAUGGGUUCAUAGACAUGAGGUGGAGAGGACCAAGUCCCGACGCAUGACUAACAGCCAUAAGGCUAUACAGAAAUCGGAAGAUGGGUCAUCACAACUUGUCACAGUACAGUACACAGACACCAGUGUUAAGAACUCUGUGAAUGAGCUACAGAUAUAUUAUUCCUCACCGCGGAGCUAUCAGGACUUUUUGGAUGCUAUCCGUAGGCGAGGAGACACUUUCUAUGUAGUAUCAUUCCGCAGGGAUCAUCUGUUGUUACCAGCCACCAACAGGAAUAAAACCUCCAGACCGAAAAUGUCUAUAAUUCUACCUUCACCAAACGUGAAUGAAAAUAUCAUUAAUGGACAAGACAUUGAGGUGAUGAUGCAGAUAGACUGUGAAGUAAUGGACACCCGUAUCUUACAUGUAAAGGCUGACUCCAUCCCUCCUUUUCUAAGGGAGCAUCGAGAAAACCAGACCAAUUCAUUUUACAACUCUCCCACCUCAGGCCCAGAACCAGCCCACGUUGUAAGCGCAAUCAGCGAAUCUCCACUGUAAAAGAGCAAGAGAUGUGUAUAAGCCACUUGCUGCCUCAUCGUGUACUGGAGAGGAGAAUGUUCCAAAAAUCCCUUCAGUCUACAGAUGUCAUAUUAUAUCUCUUUAUCUGUCUUUCCUUCAUUUUUAUAGACCAUGAUAGUGUGUAUAUUUUAUUUCAAAGGAAGAUGUGUGCAAUAAUUUCUUAAUUAGAAAAUGUGAUGUGAAAUGUAAUGGAUUUAAUAUAACAUAAUAGGGGCAUAAUAGACAUAUUUAAGUGUGCAUGAGUGCUUAUCAGGGUUUUAAAUAGAAGUUUUUUUGCUAAAUACUUUUAUUAGCUAAAAAUUUUUUUAUUAAAAAGUGAAAUGUACUCAUGCAUAUUUAAAUUGUUGGGACUUUUUGUCCUUAAAAAAGACAGAUUAAAGGGACAUGAAACACAUUUUUUUUUCUUUUAUGAUUCAGAUAGAGCAUGUCCUUUUAAAUAACUUAAUAAUAAUAAUUUUACUAAUUUGUUUAGUUCUCUUGGUAUCACUUGUUGAAAAUGAUACCUAGGUAGGCUCAGGAGCUGCUGAUUGGUAGCUACACAUAUAUGCCUCAUGUUAUUGGCUCACGUAAUACAUGUAGCUAGCUUCCAGUAGUACAUUGACGCUUCUUCUAUAAAGGAUACCAAGACAAUAAAACACAUUAGAUAAUAGAAGUAAAUUGCAAAAUUGUUUAAAAUUGUAUGUAUUAUCUGAAUCUUGAAAGAAACAAUCUGGGUUUCAUAUCCCUUAAAGUACUGAAGUAAACCACUAGUAGUGAUAUCUGCAUAUAAAACUUGUACAUAAAAAAUAAAAGGGAACACGCACAAAUAAACCAUAGUUUGCUAGUCAGGGGAGAAAAAUGUACUAGUCCACUCAAGCUUAAAUCCUUACGUGAUGGUUGGGUCAAUAAUUUUCAGUAUAUUUGAGAUAUAUAUUUAUAUAAAUAAAAACUUGUGUAUGGUUACCAGCUAUUCUUAAUAGCCAGAAAAAAUACCAACAUUACCAAAAUUACCCCAAAACCACAGUUUAUAUAUAUAUAUAUAUAUAUAUAUAUAUAUAUAUAUAUAUAUAUAUAUAUAUAUAUAUAUAGGUAGUUUCCACAAAGAGCGGAACGCAGCCUGCCUCCGUGUUGAGAAAGGCUCUGUGAUACUUCCGAAGUCUCAAAUUAGACUAACUCACCUCCCUCUCAUAGCGUGCAGUCAUUCAACUUGACAGGAACAUUACACAGUAGAAAACUCAGCUCCUGAGCCUACUCACAGAACUGCUUCAAUACACUUCCAGCGUCCGUUCUGAGUACUCCGUCUACCAUCACCGAUCCAUACACCACACAGCUUGCGAUACGUCACAGCUUCUUGUGACGAGGGGGAGCACGUGUGAGCCGCAGAGCCUACAUAGCAUAGACUUAUACAUGCAGAUACACACUUAUACAUACAGAUACACACACACUACAUAGCUUACAUUUAUACAUGCAGACACACACACUACAUAGCAUAAACUUACACCUGCAGAUAUACCCACACACACUACAUAGCAUACACUUAUACAUGCAGACACACACACACACACACACACUACAUAGCAUACACUUAUACAUGCACACACACACACACUACAUAGCAUACACUUAUACAUACAGAUACACACACACACUACAUAGCAUACACUUAUACAUGCAGAUACACACACAGUACACAUCAUACACUUAUACAUACAGAUACACACACACACUACAUAGCUUACAUUUAUACAUGCAGACACACACACUACAUAGCAUAAACUUACACCUGCAGAUAUACACACACACACUACAUAGCUUACACUUAUACAUGCAGAUACACACAGACACUACAUAGUAUACACUUAUAUAUGCAGACACACACACACACACACACUACAUAGCAUACACCUAUACAUGCAGAUACACAUACACACUUAUACAUACAGAUACACACACACUACAUAGCUUACACUUAUACAUGCAGACACACACACACACUACAUAGCAUACACUUAUACAUGCAGACACACACACACACUACAUAGCAUACACUUAUACAUGCAGACACACACACUACAUAGCAUACACUUAUACAUGCAGAUACACAUAUACACUUAUACAUACAGACACACACACUACAUAGCUUACACUUAUACAUGCAGACACACACACAUACUACAUAGCAUACACCUAUACAUACAGAUACACACACACACUACAUAGCUUACACUUAUACAUGCAGAUACACACACACUACACAUCAUACACUUAUACAUACAGAUACACACACACACUACAUAGCUUACAUUUAUACAUGCAGACACACACACACUACAUAGCAUACACUUACACAUGCAGAUAUACAUACACACUUAUACAUACAGAUACACACACACUACAUAGCAUACACCUAUACAUGCAGAUAUACAUACACACUUAUACAUACAGAUACACACACACUACAUAGCUUACACUUAUACAUGCAGGCACACACACACACUACAUAACAUACACCUAUACAUACAGAUACACACACACACUUAUAGAUACAAAUAGACACACACACUACAUCAUAUAUGGGUAUCUGUAACUCAUUGUAUGGGGUCCUGGGGUUGGCAAGCACAUUAGCUGGCAGUCUGAGGCUGCCACUGUUCCGUUACCCUGGUGUUGCACUGUUCAUCGUAUAAAACUGAAGGAAUGCUAGUAUUAUCACCAGGGGUUAGACGUCAUCACUACCAGAGGUUAGAGGUCACCAUUACUUGAGGUCAGAGGGUAUACAGACUUCUUACUCCUGCUUAACCCACACACCAUUCCUUUUCCACAGGGAAUCUAACAGGUAUCUAACCCUGGGAGAGAAAAGCAAGCAGCUUCGGAGUAUGGGCCCAAUAGAAUUUAAAAAAAAAUAAGAAAUUAUAUUUUAUUUUAAUGCAUGGGGCAAUGCGGGACAGAUGGCUAGCAACCCAUGACAGACCCCUAAAAUCGGGACUGUCCCGUGGAAAUCGGGACCGUUGGGGGGUAUGUCAUUUUAAGUAUGAUGUAUGUGCGUGUUUAUAUGUACAUAAUCUACAUCUUUAGGUAGAUAUAUCUAAACAUAAACAGAUUAUUCAUCAUAUAUUAGACAUUUAUGUCAAACCUUUUCACAAUUGUUUAAGUUUAUAUUUGUUCUGUUUUUUUUUUUUUAAUCAUCUGUGGUAUUAUCUUUAUUUGAUAUGUUGUUUUUUGUUUUGUUUUUUUAACUGUUCUCAUACGUAAUUUGGAAAUGAUUUAGUGGUUAUGCCUAAAGUUUUGAUCUAAGAAACGUUUUAUAUGACAAACAUUUGUAUUGUAAAUGUCUCAUAGGGUUGUGGAACUCCCUGGUAUUCUUUGAAGUGUAUAUAGGGAAUGUGUUAAAUAUGACAUGGUUUUUGGGGGGUUUAUAACUGUUUGCAUAAAAAAAUGUGUAAUUUGAAGUUCAGUUAUUUUACAAGUUAUCACACAGCACAUGGAUAUCUUUGCAGUUUUUGAGGCAUUUAGCCUUCUCCGUCCGCAGAUUACACAUCUCCUCAAAGCCAUUGCAAAGAAAGCUCUUCUGACGCUGGACCUGCUUAUUUGAACACAAUUAUAAUUAGUUGAGUAAACUGCCUGUGCUAAUGAAUAACUGAAUACUGCAAAUGACAAUUUUACGAGUAUUGAGAUGCCGAUUUACAUAGAUGGUUGAAAUAUUUUGUGCACUGGAUUAAAGGAUAUGGUUUUUAUCUUAUGUAUAGGGAUUUUUAUUUAUGGCUCUGUUAUACAUUGCAAACUUAAUAAAUAUGAAUAAACAUAUAAAAAAAAAAUCAGAA